AAGAGCUGCGGCGGGGGGCUGAGCUUCAGCCAGCGGAGCUCUACAGUAUUUUGGCGGUUAUGCGGAAAAUAUGGCGGAAAGUUUGAAAGAGUGCUGUGUUCCCUGUAAGGUGGCCUGGGAUGAGCUGGAGGCUCUUUGCCGCGGCGAGAGGCUCUACUGCACAGAGCUGAACAUCAACAGAGCAAAUGUCAAUGAAUAUGAAGUGGAGUUUCUCUGCGACUAUAAGAAGAUCAAGGGAGAAGAGUUCUACUUUGUUAAAUGGAAAGGCUUCCCUGAAUCCGAUAACACGUGGGAACCCAAAAGGAACCUCAAAUGUCCAAAGCUGAUGAAACUGUUCCACUUGGACUUGGAUCAGGUUCUGAAGAGCCUGAGGAAGCGCAGCAUCCCCAAAAGGUUGGACCGAGACGUCACUCUGAUGUUAGUUCAGAAAGCCAAACAUCGCCAGAGUCUCCAGCGAUGGCAAGAGCAUUUAAACAAGACUCGCAAUCACCCGGGGCGCAUCUUCGUCACAAACGAGGUGGACCUGGACGGCCCUCCCAAACACUUCACCUACAUUAACAACUACAAAGUGGGCCCCGGCAUUGUGCUGAAUGAGAUGGCCGUUGGCUGUGAAUGCAAAGACUGUUUAAAGGAGCCGGUGAACGGUUGCUGCCCCGGGGCCUCGCUGCAUCGGAUGGCCUACAAUGACAAGGGUCAGGUUCGCAUCCGGCCAGGACAGCCCAUAUACGAGUGUAACUCCAGAUGCAACUGCGGGCCUGACUGCUCCAACAGGGUGGUGCAGAAAGGGAUCCAGUUCGACCUUUGCAUCUUUAAGACGGAGAACGGCCGGGGCUGGGGCGUGCGCACUCUGCAGCACAUCAGGAAGAACACGUUUGUCAUGGAGUAUGUGGGAGAGAUCAUAACGACGGACGAGGCGGAGAGAAGAGGCCAUUUCUACGACCGGCAGGGCUCUACUUACCUCUUCGACCUGGAUUAUGUGGAGGAUGUGUACACUGUGGAUGCAGCUCACAUAGGGAACAUUUCCCACUUCGUCAAUCACAGCUGUAACCCGAACCUGCAGGUCUUCAAUGUGUUCAUCGAUAACAUCGAUGAGAGGCUCCCCAGAAUCGCUCUGUUUUCCACGCGGGCCAUCCGAGCCGGGGAAGAGCUCACCUUCGACUACAAGAUGCAGAUUGACCCAGUGGACACAGAAAGCACCAAAAUGGACUCCAGUUUCAGUCUAGCCGGCCUCCCGUCGUCUCCAAAGAAAAGGAUCCGGGUGGAGUGUCGGUGUGGGUCCGACUCCUGCAGAAAGUACCUGUUCUGACCGACCGCUGCAGAGAACUUUUUUAAAGCCGUACAGUUGAAUCAGUUUUUUUACUCAAACACCUCCAGCUUGUGUUGUGAUGAGGCAGAAUUUUAAGACAUGUUUUGUGAGUUUUGUUCCCCCGCAGCUUUAAAAAGGAUAAUUUGUUUUAUGUUUUUAAUUUUUAGUUUUAUUCCAGACUGAGAAUCAAUCUGUUCGCCGUCCACAGGUGGCGCCGUUCUCCUCAGAAAUGACAUGCAAACCAAACCUCCAUUUCCUGUUUUGGUGUAAAUAUUUUAGGCAGAUUUUUAGAACUGUUUAAAUCCCCCGCUGCUGGAUCAUCUGGACUUUGGAUCAGCGGGAUGUUUCUGAUCUAGAACCGUCCAUCUGGACUUUGGAUCGGCGGGAUGUUUCUGAUCUAGAACCGUCCGUCUGGACUUUGGAUCGGCGGGAUGUUUCCGAUCUAGAACCGUCCAUCUGAACUUUGGAUCAGCGGGAUGUUUCUGAUCUAGAACCGUCCGUCCGGACUUUGGAUCGGCGGGAUGUUUCUGAUCUAGAACCGUCUAACCAUUCCUUGCUUUUUUU